AUGCUCCAUGAGAAGCCGGAUGGCAAAAGAAGUAGAGGGCGCCCUCGGAUCAGAUGGCUGGAGGAUGUUGAGGACGAUCUGAGGCGUUCGAAGAUGGAGGGAAGUAGCACAAGACCGCGGAAAUUGGUUGGCUGUAGUAGAGGAGGGCCGGGUUCUUGCAGAACCUCACGAUCUGUGAUGGCCCGGUCACGAAGUGCAGGUCGUGACACUGAGCUAUCUAAUCAGCGGUACCUUCCUCAGCGCUGUUUGUAUACCGCCGUAUUGAGGAGGCAAUAA